CAAGAUUCAGACCCCUGACUCGCCACGAUCACAGACGAUCAGGCUCAUCUCCCCACACCGCACACCAUUCUUCUAAUCUACUACUCCUGGACGUCCACACACACCUUAGCUUUUUUCCAAAGCUCAAACUAUGUCCAAAUCUCGCGGCACAAAAAGGCAGCGAGCUACCAGCAAAAUGAGAGCGUUGAUUUCAAUGAGUGUACUCCACCAUUCAGUGACUGGAAUCGCAGCGAUCAAUACGUAUCGUAGUUUAGAUAUAUAGAUACUUUAGUCUAUGGAAACGUUUUAUUUUCUGCCGCUUUAAUAGUGUAAAAGAUAGAUAGAUAGACUGAUUGACUUUGUGGAUGGAAACGAAAGAAACCAUUGGUCGCAUCUUCUCCAUCCUACGUACACUCCCUCUUUCGGUGCCGAUAUAGACGAGGCUGUGCGCACUCUUUGCACCAGCACGUGCGCAUCCAUCCAAAGGAUACCAGAUCAAGCAAAUCCGAGGCAGCAACCGAUCCUACCACCAAGCUUGCGACACAUUCCCGGGCCAUGACGACCCCCUCACGUUCCCGGCAUGUAGCACGCAUUGGCGAUCACAUCCUACAUAUACUAGUCUAUAGCCUGCGCUGCCCAGCAGGUGCAUUUGCUUGAGAGCGAUGGAGGGAGGAGGAGGAGGGUGCAGGAUGGUGGCGGAGGCGGCGAGGCCGGCGGCGGGGAUGGUGGGGGUGCAGUUACUCUUCUCGGUGCUGAAUAUUCUCAUCAAGCUCGCGCUCAACGACGGCAUGGAUGCACGCGUCUUGGUCGCCUAUCGCUUCAUGUUCGCCUCCGUCUUCCUCUGCCCCAUCGCCUUCUUCGUAGAGAGGAAGACAAGACCACCACUAACCAAGAAGGUGCUACUACACUUGUUCUUGUGUGGGUUGUUCGGAUUUACUGUAAACCAGAAUUUGUACGUGCUGGCUAUAAAGUUAACUUCAGCAACCUUUGUUACAGCUAUCGCAAACCUCACUCCUGCAGCAACAUUCAUUCUUGUGAUCUUGACAAGGCUCGAGACUCUCAAACUUAGGGAGACUGCUGGACAAGCAAAAUUUGUGGGAACCCUUGUCGGCAUGGGUGGUGCAAUGUUACUUACAUUCUACAAGGGACCAGAGUUCAAACUACUCCACCGGCUGCCUCAUCCCAAGCUUGGCCACAUCAGCGAAGCACACCACUCCCACCCACCAUCAACCAGCCAUCAAAUUGUUGGUUCAUUUCUUGGCAUCAUAAGUUGUUUCAGCUAUGCAACGUGGCUUGUCAUCCAGGCGAAAGUGGGUGAAGUUUAUCCGUGCCACUACUCGAUUGCUGCAAUUGUGUGUUUCUUCGGGGCAAUUCAAUCGACUAUAAUGGCUGUCUGUGUUCAGAGAGAGAUGGAACAAUGGAGAUUAGGACUUAACAUCAGAUUGUACUCAUCAGCUUACGCGGGCUUGAUAGCAUCCGGAUUUGCGUUCCCGUUACUAUCAUGGUGCCUGCGAAAGAAAGGGCCACUCUUUAUUGCUGUGUUCAGCCCUUUGAUGCUCAUUUUCGUUGCAGUUCUGAGCUCCCUUCUUCUCGACGAGGCCUUGUACUUAGGGAGUGUGCUUGGUUCAAUCCUAAUUGUGGGUGGCCUAUACCUGGUACUUUGGGGAAAAGCAAAAGAACAAGCUAAGGUGUCGAAAGAAGACAAUUUAGACCACCAGAGCCAACGUGGAGAGCUGGAGCAGACAUCCACUGUGUAGCGUUGGAAAUGCUCUACUCACUCUCGCUUGAUUAAACUCAAGGAGUGGCGCAUAGAGCUUUGAGAGUGAUGCAUAGAGCUUUGAGAGCCGAUGAGGAGCACUGAAUUGACUCUAAUAAGACCCAAUGAGGAGAACUAAAUUGAGACCGAUGCUCUAGUAAGACUGAGCUUUGGCGCGAUCUUGAGAAGUCUGAAUAGCCCAAUUCCAUAGUUGAGCUUAUGUUACAAAUUGCCCUAGUAUUGAAUGUUCUUUGAAUAAUAUAAUAUUGGCAUGUGCUUC